AUGCCUCCGAAGCAGGUUGCGCGGCGGGGCCCAGCCAAGAAGCGCAGACUUGAGGCCCCUGAACCCGAAGUCGAGCCGCAGAACCUGAUGGAACCAGAGACGACGAUCUUCCUGCAACUUUUGGAGGACGACGCGCGCAGUCUACCGCCACCACCACCGCCUCUCUCUAAGCGUCGUAGCUCGUCCAAAUUAUCUCUCGAAAAGCACGUCGUGGAGUUCCAAUUGCCCUUCAAGGAGGCAGAGAUUAAGAGCCUCGAGGAGCGUCAAUGGGUGCGCCGCCCACCACCGUUCGGCAAGAUUAGUCGCUGCGUCUACGUGUCCACGAAGAUGCCCAUUGCCGACUUCCCCGUACACGAAUGCACGUGCUAUGAAGAGACUCACAAGUCCAUGACCAAGCGCACCACCAUGAUGGCCAGUGCCAAGGCUCAGAAGGACAAAGAGCAGCACGUAGACUCGGAAAACCAGCAUGAUAUAGAGAGGAUCGUGUACUGUGGAGAAGGGUGCUACAACCGCAUGCUGUUCAUCAGUUGCUCGGAUGAAACAUGCUCCGCCCCGGACCCGAGUGUAUGUAGCAACCGCGCAAUUAAGAGGCGACAACUCAAGUCCAUGCGAGUGGAAUAUAUCCCCGGCGGCCCUGGAUUUGGGCUCAUCACCAACGAGGACAUCAACGCUGGAGAGUUCGUCAUUGAAUACGUCGGCGAAGUCAUCGAUGACAAGGAGUGCGAGCGCAGGAUGAUCACGUACAGAGACAACGGCGAGGUCAACUUCUACAUGAUGGAGCUGGAGAAGAACAUUGUCAUUGACGCAAAGUACCGCAGCAAUGACUCGCGCUUCAUCAAUCACAGUUGCGACCCCAACAGCGUUACCCAGAAAUGGAAUGUGGACGGCAUGCAGCGUAUCGGGAUUUUCGCGCGCCGCAACAUUGCCCCCAACGAGGAGAUUACCAUCGACUAUAACUUCUCACAUUUCGGUGAGGCUGCCGACUGCAGAUGCGGAUCCACUGCGUGUACAGGGAAGAUGGGUCUCAAGCGGUCGAAGAUGCCUGCGCUCGAUCCUCGUGUGGUGGGUACUGCGAAGGCAAAGAAGCAGACGCCAGUGGAUGAGGAGCCACCCGAGCUAAAACGUCCCGUUCACUUGACGUCGUUGGCGCUGUUGAAAAGCUCGCAGAUGCACGACAGUUGGUUGGAUUAUUACGGCUUCAAGAAGCGUCGACUGUUCCUCAGUCAUCGACCUAGACGUCCCAAGAAAGAGGAAGGCGUAAAUGUACAUAAUGGCGAGCUACGCCAUACUCUACCGUCCAGUAGUCCAGCCUCCGUGUGCUCUACAACGACUGAAGAGGAUGUAUCACUCACACCGCCACAAGCAACUCACAGUAAACCCGUCGAAAAGAAAACACGGAGGAGCAACUGGUACGAGAGGGUGAUAGCGGGGGAACACCUGCCUGAAAUGAGGGCUCUUCACAGCUACAUUUGCGGCGGUAUAUCUGACUGGACGAUACACCUUGCUGCAGAUUUCAUGACCGAGGUCUCUUUGCCUUCACCGGUUCAAAGAGGACCUGAUCACCCGUUUAAGAAGCGUGUUCGUCCUAGAAAGGAGACGGCAAUGCUACGUCAAGUAAGCGGGAGUAAACUCCUUCACAGACGACUAAGUCUCUCCCAAGCACGAGCUCGCUGCAUUGAUGAACUUGCCGCGUUUGCAAAAGGCAAGUCGAAGUGGAACAAGCGCGUUUCGUCCUCCAGAUCCAUUGACCCAGACCGUAUUUAUCGCCUGAUUGACCGUGUGGAUGGCAAGCAGAUCUUCGUUAACACUGAUCAGAACGACUUGAACGAAGAUGCUUGCUUCCGCUGUGGCCUAGCAGGCGAGCUAAUUUGCUGUGACGGCUGCCCCGCCGCCUUCCAUCUUAACUGUACCAACCUUGCUAUGGUUCCUCCGGAUGGAAUCCCAUGGUUUUGCUCCGAAUGUACCAACCCGAAGCAUCAUCAGAAGACCUCGAAGACGUCUCAAACAGCGGUCAUCGCUGCUGGGGGGAUUAGAAGCAGCGGUCGUACCACGCCAGCCGAUUACUCUGGUCGUCAUCUUCGCACGCAUACAGCGCAUCAGAUUCCGAGUCUCAAGAAGAUUUUUCAUGUCCCGGCGGCGACCUCAACUAAGCGUCGCUAUAAGAAGCGGCAUAAAGCCACCGACCGAUCAUAUCGCGAGCUGGAACACAUGCCACUCCCCGUGUGGAACGAGAGCGAUGGUGAUGCUGAGCAGUAA